GGUUACAAUUCAAUUGUUGUUAUCGGCUCGUAAAUUGUCUCAUGAAGGAAACGUAGAAAUGGCUUCGUCUUCAGUGUCAAGCUCGUUUCACUAGCUCCGGGUAUCCUCUUCGCGCGUUAUUAAUUUUUAACAUCCCUAUUGGCUCAAGAAGUAAAUUUCUGGAGCAACACUUAAAGAAAAAGGCAAACAUCCUCGUAUAAUAUCAGCAUGGAUGGUUUGUACUCGUUGAUGGUGUUGGAUGAGUUUCGCUUUACCUUCGGGCAUUGAUUCGCGUCCCGUCUCCGAGGCAACGAGGACAACACAGGAUCAGAGGACCGCCGGCCUUAACCGAUAGCAGAGAGCGAGACAGCCCUGUGGUGAGCAGCAGCACAACCAACUCUGGCCAAGUGGCAGCGGAUGGCGACGGGGUGCCGGAGUGGAUGGAAUGCUGCCAGCUGUACGUCGUUUAUUGCCGCCGCCUCCUCAGUUGAUUAACGACAAUGACCACACUUUAUUAACGAUUGUUUGGAAUUAACGUGUCUAGGACAACCGAUGAGCAGCUCAUAGGCUACAAAAACAAGAGAUCAAAAAGAUCGGCCCCGAUCUGGAAGGGCCUUCGUACCGUGUGUCUCUUUGCGGUCGCACGAAGGUGCGCUGACCGAGACGACGUUGCGAUGGAGAAAUAUGAAAAGAUUUCUAAGAUUGGCGAAGGGUCGUAUGGGGUCGUUUUUAAAUGUCGGAACAGAGACACAGGCCAGACGGUGGCGAUAAAGAAGUAUGUUGAAACCGAGGAUGACAUACUUAUUAAGAAGAUUGCCCUCAGAGAAAUUCGCAUGCUCAAGCUUCUAAAGCAUCCCAACCUCGUCAAUCUACUAGAAGUAUUUCGACGGAAACGGAAACUACAUCUCGUGUUCGAGUUCUGCGAUGCUACUGUUCUAGACAUCCUUGAAAAACACCCCAAAGGCGUCCCAGAGCAACUAACGAAACGGAUAACGUGGCAAAUGAUUCAGGCUGUCAAUUUCUGCCAUUCACACAAUGCAAUCCAUCGGGAUGUAAAGCCAGAAAAUAUUCUCUUGACGAAAGAAGGUGUAGUUAAGCUUUGCGACUUCGGCUUUGCACGUACGCUUAGUCCAGGGGAGAACUACACCGAUUACGUAGCCACUCGGUGGUACCGGGCCCCGGAAUUGCUUGUUGGAGACACGCAGUACGGUCCAAGCGUCGACGUUUGGGCUAUUGGUUGCGUUGCCGCUGAGCUCAUGCGCGGAGAGGCUUUAUGGCCCGGGAAAUCUGAUGUAGAUCAACUGUACCUGAUCAGGAAAACGGUCGGAGAGCUAAUCCCGCGACAUUUGCAGAUAUUCAAAAGCAAUGACUUCUUUGCUGGGGUUACCAUACCAGAACCUGAUCACAUGGAACCUUUAGAAGACAUGAUUCCGAAGAACAACGAUAAAUAUGCCAUUGAUUUCCUCAAGAAAUGUCUGGAUAAAGAUCCAUCUCGUAGAUCAAGCUGCGAGCAGCUGCUGCGUCAUUUCUACUUCAAUGGAAGUCACGAUGAGGAUCGAAAAGAUAGCUCAAGUAGAGCAAGCUCAAAAUCGACACAUCAACAUCAAUACACAUAUAGUUCAUCGGGAGGGACAGGAAAUACGAACUCAACGACGACUGUGUUCCCUAAUCUUGGAACCCCGCUGAGUGGCGGUGGCCAAUCGACCGGGGGCAGCGGAGGAGGCGGUUUAUUGAUGCCGGAGGCAAAGGCGUCGCAAUUGUAUUCAAGAACCAGAAUGCAAUCCGAUCACCUGCCACAUAUCUGACGGUACGAUCCAGAUGCGUCAGCAUCUUCCUUCACUUCGAACAAAGCUUCCCUUCAAGCCCAGCAGUCGAAUAGCUCUGCUUGGUUUUGGAAGUAAACGCUGUAACAGUUACUAGUUAUCAGUUUCGGCUCUGCAGUUGGUUAGGUGUGGUAUGCCAUCACUGUUCCAGCUUCUGCAAAAAUCCCUAGGGGCCCCCAGAAACAAACAACAAUGAGUCAUUUAGGCUAAACCGGAACGGGUGCAAAAUGGUUAUGUGAACUUUCAUGUGAGAGUGGUACAUUGCGUAGUUUCGUAUGUUAUAAUAAAAAGCUAUGCGCAGACCUUGUGGGUAUGCAGAAAAUAAAUAGGUAAUAAUAUAGAACAGGAAUGUUAAGCGUGGCAUUGGAAAUCACCGCAAAAUAAUAAAACUCAAAAGUAGAAAAACAAGAGGCUACAAACCUCGAUAGAUCGCUGUACAAUGCUUGUAUCAAGAAGGAGGCCACGAAUGAGGGAAAUCAUAUCAUAUAGAACCUGUUAUACAUGACAACACCACGAAGCGAGGUUUCUAUGGGCAAACUCGCUAUGAGUAAAAUAUCAAUUGAGAGCCAGCCAGCUAGAGUGCUAUAUUCUCUUCACUUCUCAAAUCUUAUAUUUUCCCAACCCUUAAUAAACGACCGUAACAAAAUACGAUUCUCUGCAACAACCUGUGACAGUAUCUGCUAACUGUUCUUCCAUUAUCUUCCAUGAUGCUAUUUCUAAUAAAGAUAAAUUUGUUUUGAUCAUAUCGUACGUUGAACCGUUCUAUUUUUGUGAACAAACAUGCGUUUUUUUAAAGGUGGUUACCGUAUCGCGUUCCUGACAUGCAAUGCUUGCUGUUAGCUUUAGCUACGCAAGACUACACAUUGACUGCACAAAAAAUGUAAAAUGUCUGUCUUUUAGUAAAUGGCUUCAACGGUUUCAUAACUGUUUUGAAACUGAUAAAUUCUGUCAAAUUAUUUAUAUCCUUUAGUUUGGCAAAUCAAACGUAGUGUUCUGUUUCUAUCACGGAUGCUCAACAACAAUAUUUAAAUAACGCCUAUUGUUUUAAACAGACAAAAAUCAUUACCUUGCAAUAAACUUGUGUUUUAAUAGAACCUCAUUUUAAAGUUUUUUUUUUAAGCAUUUUAAAGCUUCUGAUUUCUAUGUUCUAUAUUAAGGGCUUUUUAUCUGUACCUCCAUGGUGGAACCUACAAAUAAGAGUCAAACGCGUUUACGUACGUAACGUCGUGAAUACAGAACGGCAUCCUG